UCUGAGGUUUAAUCUGUUCUGCUUCUUUAGGGCUGUACUGCUUUGGAUGGAGAACCAAACCUCGGUGAUUCCUCUCAAACAGCCGAUUGUGUUUGAACUGGAGGGCUUUGAUGUUCAACCAGGCAACGGACCGUUCAUGUUUCUGUUGGCUUUGCUCGCCUACAUAGCGGUGCUGCUGGGGAACGGUGUGGUGAUCUGUGUUAUUAUGACAGACAAGAACCUGCACAGACCCAUGUUUGUUAUGAUCUGUCACCUCAUGGUCUGUGACCUGCUGGGGGCCACAAUGGUGCUUCCUCGCCUCAUGAUGGAUCUGUUGAUGGGGCUGAAGAAGAUCGCCUACAUCCCAGCCAUCGUCCAGGCAUUCUGCGCUCACACAUACGGUGCAGCAAUGUCGACUGUUUUAGCUGCAAUGGCCUAUGACAGGUAUGUGGCAGUGUGUGAGCCUCUCAGGUAUCACUCCAUCAUGACUUCGGCUCGGCUGCACAGCUGCUGCGCUGUGGCCUGGAUCGUUGCUCUGCUGCUCAUCGCUGUGCUCUUCUCCUUCCACAUGAACGUCCCGCUGUGCGGCCACAUAAUCCCUCUAAUAUACUGCAGCAACCGGGGCAUCCUGAACCUGGCCUGCAUUCCUACUCCCGUCAGCGACAUCUAUGGUCUAGCGAUGACCUGGACUUUAAGUACAGUGACCUUCAUUCUCGUCAGUUUUUCCUACAUCAGCAUCCUGACUGUUUCCUUAAAACAAGGCAGAACAAACCGCAGCAUCCGCAGCAAGGCUUUUCAGACCUGUGCUCCACACAUUGUUGUUUACGUUCUCUAUCAGACCUCGUCACUGAUUGUGAUUGUGAGUUACAGGUUCCCCUCUCUUUCCCAAAAUAUAAAAAAGUUCUUCAGCAUCCUCAUCUUUAUCAUUCCCCCGAUCAUUAACCCCAUCAUCUAUGGACUGGUCAAUAAAGACCUGAGGGUCAGCUUUAUCAAACGUUUCUCAACCAGAGUAAGAAACCAAACUUAGCGCUAACACUGCAGCUGCUGUUCUUACAUUAUCUAACUCCUCUGGUGGAACUUAUGCUUCUUAUAGAUGCUGUAAAAAGUUUACAUAGCUCAUGUUUCCUCUUAAAAUCAGCAUCAAGACUCAGAAUGAUAUGACAACUUACAACAUUUGUGUUUAAUGUUGCAGUGAACUACAAACUACUAAAAUCCAUCACAAGAAUACUCACCAAAAAAAUACAAAGAACGCAUGAAAUUAUAAACAAUUUAAGCCUGACACAGAUUUAAAUAUUUUGCACAUUUUAUUAUCUGCUGUAUUUUUCAGUAACCAAGAAUUCAACAACCUUGAUUAGAACACUGACCUUCAGCUGUUCCGUUUAGACUCAGCUGCUGCUUUAAGUUAGUGUUGUAAUCAAGCAAUGCUUGAUGUUGUUUACUUUGCUCCUUAAAUUAUGUAAUUUUGAGUUUGAACUGAAGUUUAAACUUGUAGAAGUUACAUAAAAAGUUGUAUUGAAAUUCCUUUGGCUUUGUCUAAUUUUUGUCUCUCCGGGUACUCUGGCUCCCCUCCACAGUCCAAAAACAUGACUGUCAGGUUGAUUGAUCUCUCUAAAUUCCCCUUAGGUGUGGGUGUAUAAUUGUUUGUCCCGUCUGUCUCUGUAUUUCCUUGCGAUGGACUGGUACCUGUCCAGGGUGAACCCGCCUCGCACCAGAAUCCCUCUAAGGACAAGCAUGUAAAGAUAAUAGAUGGAUGGAUGUCUAAUUUUUGAAGAAAAUAAAUUCAUCUUUAUUUGCCUCAA